AGACGAUGAGGGUCGGCUGGGCUGGCCGGCUUCUCGGAGCGGUUGGCCCCCCGGCCCGGGCCAGAGGCCUGGCCAGGGCCACGGCCCCCCUCAAGUCCUACGACACGCGGCAAGUGGACAUCACCCCUCUGGAGCAGCGCAAGCUGACGUUCGACACCCACGCGCUGGUGAGAGAGCUGGAGACUCACGGCUUUGAAAAGGUCCAAGCAGAAACCAUCGUGUCCGCGCUGACCGCCCUGUCGAACGUCAGCCUCGACACGAUCUACAAGGAGAUGGUCACCCAGGCUCAGCAGGAAAUAACCCUGCAGCAGUUAAUGGCCCACUUGGACUCCAUCCGCAAAGACAUGGUCAUCCUGGAGAAGAGCGAGUUCGCCAACCUGAGGGCCGAGAAUGAGAAAAUGAAAAUUGAGUUGGACCAAGUUAAACAGCAGCUGAUAAACGAGACGAGUCGAAUCCGAGCAGAAAACAAACUGGAUAUUAACCUGGAGAGGAGCAGGGUGACAGAUCUGUUUACAGAUCAGGAGAAAAAACUCAUGGAGGCAACCACGGAAUUUACCAAAAAGGAUACCCACACCAAAAGUGUUAUUUCGGAGACGAGUAACAAAAUAGAUACCGAAAUUGCUUCUUUAAAGACGCUGAUGGAAUCCAAUAAACUCGAGACCAUUCGUUACCUGGCAGCCUCCGUGUUUACCUGCCUGGCUAUAGCCCUGGGCUUCUAUCGCUUCUGGAAAUAGCGAGGGAAGGAGCGAAAGAGCAGCCAGCGCCUUGGCCGGUCCGCGACCCCCGUGGAGGUAUCGGCCGGGGCGGACCUUGACGGGCAGAACUGUAGGCCUGAGCGCCCGCGCUGGAUACGCCGCAGCUAGGGUGGGCAGGAGGGGCCAAAGGGGUGGGGGCACAUCUGCCGUGGCUGGAAUAGCUGCAAAAAGAAGCUUCCAUCUUAUUGUCAGGCGACGCACACAGCCCCCAAAGGCCCGCCGGGGGCCUUUACAUCACAGGCCCGCUCCCCUGCCGAUUUCAAGACCCAAAAGUUCACACUUUCUUGUGGGCCUGUGGCCUCCGGGCUCCACCCAAGCUCCAUCGGUGGCUUGCGACGUUUAUAUCCAACCGCUGUCUCCACUCCUCCUGGGCUGCUCGCAGUCGAGGAUUCAAAGAACUGUGAGGGGGGAACCUCCUGGGCGUCCGCUUCCCCGGCGUCUAACCGAGACGUGGGCAGUGACCCAACUCUGCCCCAUCCACCGAGCUCUCAAUCGGGGGUUCCCUCGGUUGGCGGGGGUGGGCAUCAAUCCAGGAGUUCUCCAUCUCGUGUGCUCUGUGCGCGGGCUGCCUACCGGCGCUAGUUAUUCUUAGUAAAAUAAACGAUUGUUACACGCA